CGAAAAGGGAAAUUCAUUUUGUCGAACAGGUGCAGACUCACAUGGACUUCACCUCAAGAUCUUGACACAGCAGCAGCAGCAGCAGCAGCAGCAGCAGCCACUGUUGUUUAAAAAGCAUCCAUGGACACUGAAGUGUUCCUGAGCCAGCAGGUCUGUCCACACGCCGCAGACAGACUGUCGAGGAUGUCGACUCAAUUCUGCUGUGAGAACAACCUGAAGUUUAUCUGUGAGUUUAAGCCCGGGCCUGGAGAUGAGGACAACAGCGUCAGCGUGGACAGUGAUUCGGUGUCAGUCAUCCUCCCUGCACAGUGUACUGUCCACCAACUACGGCUACGCAUCUGCAUGCAGGUGCAAGAGCAAAACUGUCAUCCGGACCCAUUUGCAAUACUGGACCCAGAGAAGUAUAUUCUACUGUAUUCCAGAGGGGGCGACUGGUACGAGGCCUAUGAUGACUGUCAGGUUAUCAGGACGUUGGAUAUUCCGUGGGCAUUUGACGACCGUCAGUGUCUGUCAGCGCACCUGGUGAUAAAACCGCCUUUGGCAGUGGAUUCAGAGGAGAAGAAGAGACAACAGCAGUGUUUGAUGUACCUGAUUGGACACGACCUGGAGAAUGAAGCAUCCGACCGACUCGGCGAACUCGAAUUCACGCGCAGGAAGCUAGCAUCUCCGAGGAGGCAAGAGCUGAGGAAUCGGGAUGACAAGUUGUACGCCACAGAGCCUUGGAUAACAUCUUCCCCCAUACCAAACGACUUGCAGGACUGGCUGAAGAGGAAGCUUCCUGUGACCUUCCAUUACCUGAACAAGAUCAGCUUCAGCAUACAGAUUGAUUUUAGCGCGACGCCUGAGGUUCUUUUUAAAGUCUUCAGAAGCGUGCUGGCAGACCAGAGGCUCGAAUGUGAGCCCUCCGAUAGGCUGGUGUUGAAAGUUUCAGGAAGGGAGGAGUUUUUAUCUGGAGACCACACCCUGAUUGAUUUCAUCUGGGUGCGCCAGUGCUUGAGAAGCAACCAAGACCUCCACCUCUCCGUGGUCCCUGUGUCGCUGCUUCCCGCUGAGACUGUUGAGUUUGUGGACUGGCCUCUGGUCGAUGGUUUCAGCGGCCAGUUCAGCUCUCACGAGGAUCUCGUCCUCCAAGGGAAAGAGCUGGAUGACAUCUUCAUGAUAUCCUUGUGGGACUGCAAAAGAAAGCUCAGGGUCAAACUGCUUGGCUUUGACAUCCCCAAUCUUCCAAGCAAAUGCCCUCAGUCUGUUUACGUUGAAGCAUGCAUACUUUACGGUAACAAGGUUCUCUCUUCAGUGUCGUCCUCUCCCAAGACCUUUGCAGACGAAGUGCUGUGGAAUGAGUGGUUGGACUUUGACGUUUUCCUCAGUGAUCUACCACGUGGCGCCAAGCUGGGUCUCACUAUUAACGCUUGCACCACUGACACAUCCCCAGUAACCAAAGACCCAAAGUCGACAUCGUCUUUGCCCAAUAAGGCACCAGACUCGCAGAAAGUGAAAGGGAAGGUGCUCUACUUUGUCAAUCUUCUCCUCAUCGAUCACAGGUCCCUCCUCAGCCAGGGCCCCUGCACUCUGCAUAUGUGGUCCUACCCUGACCUGGAGGACGAGGCCGUCACCUACCAGGCGGACAAGCUGUCCUCUGCAACUAACCCAGACGUAGCGGACUCCAUGGCGAUCAGCAUUUUUCUAGACCGCUACAGCUUCCCUGUGGUUCUCCCAAAUACCUCAAGCCCCUCUGCCACUUCUCCCACCUCUGGCCUUUCUCCGACCAAAUCUCAUUCACCUUCCUCCUCACCCCUGACCACCUUAAAUGGCAGGGAGUCUUCCUCUCUAUAUACCAAUUCCCUGCAGGUCCCAUCAGGUGGCGAUGUACCGCUCAGGUCCCCGUCUCCCGUCACCCUCACCAACAAGUCUUGCCUCAAGAGGUUCCGGGAGGAGAGCAUCCGUUACGCCUCCAACCUGCCCCACUAUCUGCGCCACAUUGACUGGAUGAACCGCAGAGUGGUCGAGGACGUCCACUGGCUGCUGGGAAACUGGGAUCCCGGGGAACUGGAUGUGACGCUGGCCCUGGAGCUGUUAAGUAUGGAUUUUGCUGAUGAGACGGUCAGGCGGCUGGCCGUCCAGAGACUGGAGAGCCUGUCCAACGACGAUGUGCUCAAGUAUUUGCUGCAGCUGGUGCAGACCCUUAAAGUGGAACCUUACCAUGACAGUUUCCUUGCUCGGUACCUCAUCCAAAGAGCCCUACGGAGCAAGAGAAUCGGCCACUUCUUCUUCUGGUACGUCCGCAGCGAGGUGGCGGGGUGCCCGUACUUCCGCCAGCGCAUGGCGGUGAUCCUGGAGGCCUACCUGUUGGGCUGCGGUCAGGCCAUGCUCGACAGCUUCGCCCAGCAGGUCCAGGCCGUGGAGGUCCUGCAGGAAGUCACUGUAGUCAUCAAGAGGCUCUACCCGGACAAGACCGACCUCCCCUCCACGGCUCCUCUCAGGCUUCAAGAGCUCCUUAGAAACAGUGAUCUGCCCAACGAUUUCUUGCUGCCCUUUGACCCCCGCAUCAAGGUUGGGAGCGUCCUGCUGGACAAAUGCAAGGUGAUGGCCUCUAAGAAGAAGCCCCUGUGGCUGGAGUUCGCUCCGAUGCCGUCUCCGACCCCGGCUACGCCCGUCGGAAUAAUCUUCAAACAGGGGGACGACCUCAGGCAGGACAUGCUGGUCCUUCAGACGCUGGUUAUAAUGGACUCAAUCUGGCAGGAGAAAUCUCUGGACCUUAACCUCAUCCCUUACGGCUGCAUCGCCACAGGACACAACAUAGGUAUGAUCGAGAUCGUGAGGGACGCCGCCACCAUCGCUGCCGUCCAGAGGAGCCAGGGAGGAACAAUUGGGACCUUCAGAAACGACGCUCUGUUCGAGUGGCUCAAGUCUAAGUGUCCACUCCAGGAAAUCCACUACCAGAACGUGGAGAGGUUUGUCAAGUCCUGCGCCGGCUACUGCGUGGCCACUUAUGUCCUUGGUAUAGGAGACCGACACAACGACAACAUCAUGAUCACAGACCAAGGGAACUUGUUUCACAUUGACUUCGGCCACAUCCUGGGAAACCGGAAGCACUUUCUGGGCGUGAGCAGAGAGCGAGUGCCGUUCGUCCUCACGCCGGACUUCCUGUAUGUCAUGGGGAGGGUCAAAGGUCGCAACAGCCUCUACUUUCAGAGGUUCAGGGACACCUGCACCCAAGCCUACCUCUCCCUGCGCUCCCACUCCCGCCUCCUGGUCACCCUGUUCUCCCUCAUGCUGCUCACGGGCAUCCCGGAGCUGAGCGCCGCCGAGGACAUGCGCUACCUGCGGGAGGCGCUGCAGGAGGAGCAGUCGGAGGCGGAGGCCAAGGAGCAUUUCCUGCAGCAAAUCGCCGUGUGCGAGGAGCGGGGCUGGACCGUGCAGGCCAACUGGUGGAUCCACAUGGUGGCGGGCAUCAAGUAGACUGAUGCGUGGUGAAACGUGCAUGUUUUGUGCAGUGUGUGUAUAUAUUCUAGUUAAAUUCAUAUAGUACUUACUAGACACAUGUAUCUGAGAGACCUUGAACCAGAGAACUUUGAACUUACUUCAUGACAUAUAGAACCAUUUGACACAUGCAGUAUAUUUUAUCCCUGAAGUAACACUCUGUGUGUCACCAUGUAGCUAAACUUUCAUUUAUCCGUUCAUCUGUUACCUUUAUCAUUUCACAAUAACUCUUAAAUAAGAAUCUUAUUUUCACCCCCACCAGAGCUGGGUCGUAACAAGCAGCUACAAUUUAAGCAUCGGUAAAGAACGUUUGUGUGUCCAAUGGAGCAUGGAUUUCGCUUUAAACCGAAGGAAAACACGUCUAUUAUUCAGCACGACAGGUGUCAUAAUUCAGUGAGGCAAGGGAGUAAUUAAACGUGUCAAGAUCUCGUGCACGUUUCUUGUCUGCAUCUGUUCCGAAGUUUCUCUUAAUCCAUGUUGGUUUAGUUUAUUGGUUUAGCACAAGUUGUGUUACGAAUCUGUGCAAGAUGGGAACGAAGCCUUUACAGGCUUGUACAGAGUUCCACACCCAGACAUACAGAACACAUAUUACAUCAUGCAGCCUAAACAAAAAAAAAAACUACAAAGUUACUUAGAUCAUCAGCAGGAAAGAAAGAAAGAUCUAUCAAAAAGAGAUGACGGAUAUUUUUUCAGAUGCUUUUUUUUAAAAGCCUAUGGGAGGAUAUGGACGUUUGUAGCGGAUGCUGCAUUUUCUUUCAAGUCUUUUGAACAUGGAUGAACAGCUGCUACGUGCACGUGGAAGAGGGAGAAGACCUCCAAGGUAGAUGCCACAAAGGCCGUUUGAUCGGACACCAUCGGGGAGGCUUUCACCGCACAAGUGAAUUUAGUCCCCCGGGGAAUCACAAAGCAUCAGGUGUGAUGUUGGAGGAGCCACAGGACCACGAACACGAGACGCUUUCAUUUUCAAAUUGUCUACAUUGGUGUUUUAUGGCUUGCUGCACCUCCCGUCUGAUUAUGUGAUUGUGCUCCACUUGUGUUGCAUCCCCCCACCCACCCACCAAAGGGUCUCACUCGUGUCUUGUUAGCCAUUGUGCAUAUAGAGACUAUUAGUAGUAGCCAUGGUAGCCAAUCUGAAUAAUAGAAAACAGCAAUAUAACCUCUAUGACUCCACUGCUCCUCCAGCUUCCUCACAGUCUUUGUAAGAACUGAUAAUAGAUGGAUGGAUUCUUCAGGGGCACAGAGAUGAUCCUGCUCUCCACUGACUCAGGUUUAUGUUUAAAGACACUUACGGCCACGCUAUUGCGUUUAUUGGAAAUUAUUGAUGUAUGGGUGAAUCCUGUCAUCAUUUCUACACGGAUCAGUCACAACAUUAUGACAUUUACGUAAAAAAAAUCCCACAAUUUUUAACAAGCACAUUGGUAUUUUUUUUUUUUUUUUUUUUAUUGAUAUUGUAACAGUAAGUCAAAAAUGACUUGAUUGGGCUAACGGUUGUUAGCCUAUUAGCAUAACUGUCUAAGUCUAUCCAGCACAACAUAUCUCACUCACUCAAUGUGUUAAGGAGACAUUAUGUUUCUACAAUGGCUGCAGCAAAAGGUGAAGAUAAUGGAAAAUCAGGUCACAUCCACAGCCCACAUCAGAAAAACAAAAUAAAAUAAAAUAAAUAAAAAAAUCCCAGAACAGAUACCAUAUGGCAUUUAAAUUAAUAAGAAUUUCAUGAGGUUACAUUUUACUGCACUUAAAAAAAAAAUGAAAUAAAAAUUCUUUUAACCUGUAUACAUGACUUAAAUCAGGUACAUAAAAUUACUGUUCCAGUUUUUUUUGUAAAACAUUUACAAUCCUGUUCCUCAGCUUUUUAAGCUCUAAUUAAACCUCUAAUGUUGGCUCAAGGCUGGAAAGUACCGCCACUAGAGGGGACUGUCAUGUUAAAAUUUUGGUCUCAGCCGUGGAGCUUGAAACCUGCAUGUGUGCAAAUGCAAAAAGCCCAAGAAAAACAUUUUUUGUUUGUUUUUUGUUUAUUUUUUAAAGUGUACCAAUCAUGCAAAAGAGCUCCAGAUGUUUCUCCAUCCAAAGGCUUUAGCUCUGAGUAAAUUACAGCUUCUCUUCCUCCAGGAUUCACAUUGCUGUUGUCGUUUAGUUUUGUCCUUGUCGCUCAACCACGCAUCAGUACGUAACAGGCUUCCAUAUGAUAACACACAUUUUGUAACUCUUUAACUGUCUUGCGUUUGUAUUAAAGGAGAACACUGUGGUGCAGAACUGUUGAUAAUUAUGCAUUCCAGCCAUUCCUAAGGCUCGUCGAGUACAACAUUAGCAGACCACUGACAGGUACUCCACCUCACUCUGUCUCUCAUCAGUUUGCUUCAGCCUAUUG